CCCUCCAUCAGUUAUUUCCUGUUCUCAGAAGCUGAAAUCAGACAAACAGAACUUCGAUCACUCUCACGUAAACCAAUCAAACACAAUCGAUUCGAUUAUAUUGGGGUCACCAACACACAACACAAUAAUGUUUAUGUCAAGAAGAUUAAGGUAUUGUCUUUCUCUUUCCAUUCCCAAUUUUCCUCCUUUCCUUCCAAAUUUUUGCUUCCACUCUCACUCUCUGCCACCACUCACUCACAAUGCUGAUGAUGCUGUUUCCCAAUUCAAUCACAUGUUCCAUGUGCAUCCAACCCCACACACUUUCCAUUUUAACAAGAUUUUAAUUUCUCUUGUGAAUGUUAAGCGUUACCCCACUGCUAUUUCUCUUUAUAAGCAAAUGGAACUCAGUGGAGUUGAGCCAGACUAUUUCACUUUGAACAUAAUUAUUAACUGUUUCUGCCACUUUGGUCAAGUGGUCUUAGCCUUUUCUGGAGUGAGCAAGAUUCUCAAACUUGGGUAUCAGCCAAAUACCAUAACUUUGAACACACUCAUGAAAGGCCUGUGCCUUGAGGGUAAGGUCAAGGAAGCGCUGCGCUUUCAUGACAAGGUGUUAGCACAAGGGUUUCGGCUCAGCGGAAUUAGUUAUGGGAUUUUGAUUAAUGGGGUGUGUAAAAUAGGAGAAACUAGAGCUGCCAUCCGGUUGCUAAGAAGGAUUGAAAGGUGGUCGAUUAGGCCUAAUGUGGUAAUAUACAGCAUGAUCAUUGAUCGUCUGUGCAAAGAUACACUUGUAGAUGAGGCUUAUGAUUUGUAUACUGAAAUGGUGGGCAAGGGAAUUUCACCUGAUGUUGUCACUUAUAGUAUUUUAGUUAGUGGCUUUUGUAUCGUGGGUCAACUGAACAGAGCAAUUGAUUUGUUAAAUGAAAUGGUAUUGGAAAACAUUAACCCCGAUAUUUAUACCUAUACUAUAUUGGUUGAUGCUUUAUGUAAGGAAGGAAAGGUAAAAGAAGCUGAAAAUGUGUUAGCUGUGAUGGUGAAAGCAUGUGUGAAUCUUGAUGUUGUUGUUUAUAGUACUUUAAUGGAUGGAUAUUGCUUGGUUAAUGAAGUGAAUAAUGCAAAACGUGUAUUCUACACUAUGACCCAAAUGGGAGUAACUCCUGAUGUUCACUGCUAUAGUAUCAUGAUUAAUGGAUUGUGCAAGAUUAAAAGGGUGGAUGAGGCCUUGAAUCUCUUUGAAGAAAUUCAUCAGAAAAAUAUGGUUCCUGAUACAGUGACUUAUACUUCUCUUAUUGACUGUUUGUGCAAAUCAGGGAGGAUCUCUUAUGUUUGGGAUCUUUUUGAUGAGAUGCUUGAUAGAGGUCAACCUCCUGAUGUAAUCACCUAUAAUAACUUGAUAGAUGCUUUAUGCAAAAAUGGUCAUCUUGACAGGGCAAUUGCAUUGUUCAACAAAAUGAAAGAUCAGGCAAUUCGGCCAAAUGUGUACACAUUCACUAUACUUCUUGAUGGACUAUGCAAAGUUGGAAGACUUAAGAAUGCACUAGAGUUUUUUCAAGAUCUUUUGACUAAAGGCUAUUGUCUAAAUGUUCGGACAUAUACUGUUAUGAUCAAUGGACUUUGUAAAGAGGGCUUGCUUGAUGAAGCAUUGGCCUUGCAAUCAAGAAUGGAAGACAAUGGUUGCAUCUCUGAUGCUGUAACUUUUGAAAUAAUGAUUCGUGCUUUCUUUGACAAAGACGAGAAUGAUAAGGCAGAAAAACUUGUUCGUGAAAUGAUUGCUAGAGGUCUAUUGUAAAAGUAAUGUAGGUGAGAUGAUUUCUAGUGACACACUAUGUUAUUUUGAAUUUGGUGAUGUCCUACUAAUAUUUAUUUCUUUUGAUGGUUUCAAAUACCAUGUAAUGAGCUCACUAUGACAUUACUUUUGAUUAGAAGUCAUAUGUUGUUACAUGCAUUUAUUUUCAUAUUCUAACAAUAAGAAUCAUUGAUUUUUUUGAGUCUUGA